UUUUAUGCUUUGAUUGAUUGAAGGAUACUCAUCUCUUUGGAUCUAUGCUUGGCUCACAUUCGAUGGAAUUAUGUCUUUACCGAAUAGAAGGAGCUCUAUUGUGACGUAUUUAGUGCUUGUGCUGCUGGAGUGUUACUGGGAAGCGGUGUCCGGGCAGCUCUCCUACUCCGUCUCAGAGGAGGUAAACCCGGGUACUUCUGUGGGAAAUAUCGCUAAGGAUCUAAACCUCAAUGUCCUGGAGUUGGAGUCGCGUAUGUUUCAGAUUGUCACCGGGUCCAAGAGAAAGUAUUUCGAGGUAAAUCUAAAGACUGGUGUUCUCUAUGUGAAUGAGAGAAUCGACAGAGAAGAGCUCUGUGCGGAGGAUCUUACAUGUACAGUCCUUGUAGAGGCGGUUAUCAGCAAUCCGUUGAAGCUUUAUCGAAUAGAAAUAAAUAUUCUAGACGUUAAUGAUAAUUCCCCGUCUUUUCCUACGAGGUCACAACAUAUCAAUAUAACAGAAAACACGUUAACCGGUGCUAAAUUCCCCCUAAAAUCCUCUCAUGAUGCGGAUGUUGCUAAGAAUACCGUUAGUACAUACAAGCUUAGUCUCAAUGAAUAUUUUUCUCUAGCUACACACACAGGAGGAGAGAGUGUGUCUGCUGAGUUAGUGCUGCAGAAAGCUUUAGACCGAGAGAAACAGCCUGUGAUCCAGCUCACACUGACCGCUGUAGAUGGAGGAAAUCCACCGAAGUCUGGUAGUAUGGCUGUUAUAGUUAAUGUGUUGGACAUAAACGACAACCCCCCUGUUUUCAGUAAAUCGCUGUACAAAGCCAGUGUUUAUGAAAACGUACCGAUUGGAAACUCAAUAAUAACACUAAAUGCUACUGAUUUAGACGAAGGACCAAAUGGUGAAGUGUUUUUUUCAUUUAGCGAGUUUGGAAAAGGCAACUUUGCUGAUAUUUUUGUAGUGGACACAAAAACUGGGACUGUUACAAACAAAAGAAAAAUAGAUUUUGAAGAAAACAAAGCUUUUGAAAUCCGUCUUCAAGCAAGUGAUGGGGCCAACCCUCCGAUGACGUCUCACUCCAAAUUGUUGAUUGAAGUACUAGACAUAAACGAUAAUGCCCCUGAGAUAUCAGUAACGUCACUCUUAGACACAGUAAAAGAGGACGCUAAGGUGGGCACUGCAAUUGCUCUCGUGUCAGUCCUCGACAAAGAUGGUGGCAAAAAUGGGUUGGUACAUUGUGAGGUUAAGAAUAAAGUCCCUUUUAAAUUGGAGACAAACUAUAAAAACUAUUAUUCAUUAGUAGUCAAUGGUCCUCUAGACAGAGAGAGCGCAUCUCAUUACAAUGUUACCAUCGCAGCUACGGAUGAAGGGACCCCGCCUCUCUCCAGCACCAGCAUUAUUACUGUACACGUUUCUGACGUGAAUGACAACGCUCCUCGCUUCUCAGAACCAGUGAUUAAUGUUUAUGUUAAAGAGAACAGUCCGGUAGGAGAAGUCAUUAAAACCGUGUCUGCAGUUGAUGAUGACGUCAAUGAAAAUAGUCAUGUGACCUACUCAUUCUUAGAGAGUAAAAACAACUCAGUACCGCUGUCUACAAUGGUCAACAUAAAUUCAGUGACAGGAGAUAUAGUCAGCCUUCAGUCUUUUAACUAUGAGGAGAUAAAAACAUUCCGUUUUAAAGUUCAGGCCACAGACUCUGGUGUUCCUCCGCUCAGCAGCAACGUGACUGUGAACGUUUUUAUUCUGGAUGAGAAUGACAACAGUCCUGGGAUUCUCGCGCCCUAUUCUGAUCACGGCACCGUUAACUCUGAGAACAUUCCCUAUUCUGCUGAAGCGGGCUACUUUGUGGCCAAGAUCAGGGCUGUAGACUCCGACUCUGGCUACAAUGCGCUGCUUUCUUAUCACAUCUCUGAGCCCAAGGGAACCAACCUCUUCCGAAUCGGAACCAGCACAGGGGAACUAAGGACUAAGAGGCGAAUGAGUGACAGUGACCUGAAAACUCACCCGUUGGUCGUGAUGGUUUCUGAUAACGGAGAACCCUCACUGUCAGCGACUGUGUCUAUUGAUGUAGUGGUGGUUGAAAGUACAGGUGAAAUCCAGACUCAAUACAGAAUCGUACCAAGAAAGGAGGAGAGCUUCUCUGAUUUAAACUUGUAUUUGCUCAUCGCCAUUGCCUCGGUGUCAGUGAUAUUUUUCCUGAGCCUGAUCAGUUUAAUAGCUGUAAAAUGCUUCAGGACAGACGACAGUUUUAAAAGGUACGGCGCCCCAGUGAUCACCACACACCCUGACGGGAGCUGGUCUUACUCUAAAUCUACUCAGCAAUAUGACGUGUGUUUCAACUCAGACACAUUGAAGAGUGACGUAGUGGUUUUCCCCGCACCGUAUCCACCUACAGAUGCAGAACUGAUCAGUAUUAAUGGAAAUGACACGUUUGACAGGACUCAGACAUUACCCAACAAAGACAAGGUAAGACAUCAUGCUUUCAAUUAG